CGCAAUGGCUGUAUGGUCAGUGCAGGGUUUCCUGUUCCUCUCUGGGUGCCGGAGCUGCGUCAGGUCAGUUGCACCAGCCCCAGCCCCAGGAACACACCAGCACCAGCGCUGCGGCAGGGACCUGGCAGCACACGCAGCCCCUUCCCACCAGGACCACAGUGCCAUGGGCUUUGGGCCAGAGCUAUGGUGCCCGAAGGGGCACAGUGCGCUGCUGCGGCUGCAGGACAGCGAGCUGCGCCUCCUGGAGCUGAUGAAGAAGUGGAUGUCGCAGCGUGCCAAGAGCGACCGGGAGUAUGCAGGGAUGCUGCACCACAUGUUCUCUCAGCUGGAGAAACAGGAGCUCCGUGCCGGUGACCACAGCAGCCAAAUCGGGGAGUCGUGGUGGGUCCUGGCAAGCCAGACCGAGACACUGAGCCAGACGCUGCGGCGACACGCGGAGGAGCUGGCAGCAGGACCGCUGGCCAAGCUGAGCGUGCUGAUCCGCGACAAGCAGCAGCUUCGCAAGGCCUUCAGCGAGCAGUGGCAGCAGCUCAGCCAGGAGUACGCCCGGACCACGCAGCAGGAAAUGGAGAAGCUGAAGGCACAGUACCGCAGCCUGGUGCGUGACAGCACCCAGGCCAAGCGCAAGUACCAGGAGGCCAGCAAAGACAAAGAGCGGGAAAAGGCGAAGGAAAAGUACGUGCGCAGCCUCUGGAAGCUCUAUGCCCUGCACAACCAGUACGUGCUGGCUGUGCAGGCAGCCACGCUGCACCACCAGCACCACUACCAGCGUGCGCUGCCCACCCUGCACGAGUCCCUCUACAGCCUGCAGCAGGAGAUGGUCCUAGUUCUGAAGGAGAUUCUCGGGGAGUACUACAGCAUCAGCAGCCUGGUGCAGGGGGACGUACUGGCCAUCCACCAGGAGAUUGCCCGCGCCAUUGAGAUGAUCGAUCCCGCCACCGAGUACAGCAGCUUUGUCCAGUGCCACAGGUACGACUGUGAGGUACCACCAGCUGUGACCUUUGAUGAGAGCUUGCUGGAGGAGACAGAGAGCCUGGAGCCGGGGAAGCUGCAGCUGAAUGAGCUGACCAUCGAGAGCGUGCAGCACUCCCUGACAUCCAUCGAGGAAGAGCUGGCAGCCAGCAGGGAGGCAGCGAGUGGCAAGGAGCAGCGGGUGUGGGAGCUGCAGGCUGAGCUCCAGGGCGAGGAGCUGGCGCUGAGCCCUGGGGAGCGGGUGCACUUGCUGGGCAAGCGUCAGGGGCUGCAGGAGGCCCAGCAGCAGCUGCAGGGCUGCCUCUGUGCUCAGGCCAAGCUGCAGGCGCAGCGGGAUUUGCUGGCCAGCAAGCUGGCAGAGCUGGGCUCCGGGGAGCCCCUUCCCGCCUUGCCCCUUCAGGAGGACCAGCAGUCAGUGUGCUUCACGGAGCAGGAGCGCAGUGGGGUGACUGCAUUGGAGACCAUCAAGAACCACAUCUCAGGCAUCUUCAGUCCCAGGUUCUCGCUGCCGCCUCCGGUGCCCCUUAUCCCAGAGGUGCAGAAGCCACUGUGCCAGCAGGCCUGGUACCACGGGGCCAUCCCGCGCUCGGAGGUGCAGGAGUUGCUGAGCUGCAAAGGGGAUUUCCUGGUGCGGGAGAGCCAGGGGAAGCAGGAGUAUGUGCUCAGCGUGCUGUGGGAUGGGCAGCCCCGGCACUUCAUCAUCCAGGCUGCCGAUAACCUGUACCGCCUGGAAGGGGACGGCUUUCCCACCAUCCCGCUGCUCAUCGACCACCUGCUGCAGAGCCAGCAGCCCAUCACCCGCAAGAGCGGCAUCGUCCUGACCAGAGCCGUGCUCAAGGACAAGUGGGUGCUCAACCACGAGGACGUGCUGCUGGGGGAGCGCAUUGGCCGGGUGAGUUGGGUACUCGGUUCUGGCAGCAGUAUAGGGCCGCCCGCGGGCGCGCAUUGGCAGCUCGGCCAGCACCUCCGUGUCCCUCGGCAGGGGAACUUCGGGGAGGUGUUCAGCGGCCGCCUGCGUGCUGACAACACCCCCGUGGCGGUGAAGUCCUGCCGGGAAACCCUGCCGCCCGAGCUGAAGGCCAAGUUCCUGCAGGAAGCCAGGAUCCUCAAGCAGUACAGCCAUCCCAACAUCGUCCGACUCAUCGGUGUCUGCACCCAGAAGCAGCCCAUUUACAUUGUCAUGGAGCUGGUGCAGGGAGGGGACUUCCUGAGCUUCCUGCGCAGCGAGGGGCCCCACCUGAAGGUGAAGGAGCUGAUCAAGAUGACGGAGAAUGCCGCGGCGGGCAUGGAGUACCUGGAGAGCAAGCACUGCAUCCACAGGGACCUGGCCGCCCGUAACUGCCUGGUGACAGAGAAGAACACACUGAAAAUCAGCGACUUCGGGAUGUCGCGGCAGGAGGAGGAUGGUAUCUACGCCUCCACGGGGGGCAUGAAGCAGAUCCCCGUGAAGUGGACUGCGCCAGAGGCUCUGAAUUACGGCCGGUACAGCUCGGAGAGCGACGUGUGGAGCUUCGGGAUCCUGAUGUGGGAGGCCUUCAGCCUGGGCGCCGUGCCUUACGCCAACCUCAGCAACCAGCAGACGCGCGAGGCCGUCGAGCAGGGCGUGCGGCUGGAGCCCCCCGAGCAGUGCCCCGAGGACGUGUACCGCCUGAUGCAGCGCUGCUGGGAGUACGACCCGCGCAGGCGGCCGAGCUUCGGCGCCAUCCACCAGGACCUCGUCGCCAUCCGCAGGCGGCACCGCUGAGCGGCUGCGCCCGCCCGGGCGGCGGGGCCGGAAUGCGGCGGGGCCGGAGGUGCGGGGGCGCGCGGGUGCGCUCCCGCGGAAUAAAAGUCGGCUCUGCA